UGCCCGUGGGCUUUUCGGCUUAGUAGGCUCUGUGGUACCAAAAACCUUACAGCUACGCUCUAGACAAAAGUGCUAGUUACUUGUAGCCGUUGCAGCUGGGGAUUUCGAGGGGCCAACGAAAACGAUGAUGUUGCAAAUAUCUGUUUGGCAGCCUCUAUAGUCGAUAGUUCGCCAGUCGCACAUCAGUUACCACACGCAUCAACCAGCGUACGGUUGUGUUUCGCCCGAGCUUGAUCGCGCCGUAAAUUCAUAGGUUUCUAUCGAAAGCCCGAAAAACGUGAAAAGCUUGCAACAUUCCAUCGCACCAUGGCCGGUAGUCCCUUCGACAACAUCAAUCCCGAAGUGUACCGCGCGUACGUCUUCUGGUCGGCGGUUUUGCUAGUGAAGCUGUUCUGCAUGGCUCCGUUGACCGCCUUCAAUAGGUUUAAGAAUAAGGCAUUCGCUAACCCAGAAGAUACCAAUGCUAUCAGCAGGAAGCUGAAGCCCAAAUUGGACGAUCCCGAUGUAGAGCGUGUGCGAAGGGCCCACCUGAACGACCUCGAGAACAUUCUGCCGUUCUUCGUCGUCGGUUUCCUGUACCUGCUCACCGAUCCGGUACCGUUCCUGGCAAUCAAUCUCUUCCGGCUGGUGGCCGUGUCGCGCAUUGUGCACACCCUCGUCUACGCGGUCUUUGUCGUGCCUCAGCCGGCCCGGUUUCUGGCGUACAUGGGCGCCAUGGGGCCAACCGCGUACAUGGCGUUCCAAACACUUUUGCACUUCUUGUAGUGGGUGCUGCGACCAGCGCUCCUACCUGUCCUACGGUGGUGGUAUGUCUCCACGAAUGAUUGAUGUAAUAUCGUUGAUAAUAAAAUCAGGCGCCAUUUGGGCACGAAAUUAGCCA